AUGCUCGUUCUCUUCUACGAUCGCGCGGCUCGUCUGCUGCAGCCCAUUCGCGACGCGGCCCAGUCCGACUGGCAGCUGGAGGAGUGGCGCCUCGGUGAUUCAGCAGCGCGGCUGGAAGAGCUGCUCGCAUUGGCGGUUGUCAUUGUGGCCGGGCCUGGGUUUCCAGCCUCGGCGCUCGGAAAGACGCGCAACCUAAGGCUUCUCCAGUGUGCCAGCGCCGGAUACGAGUGGAUCGACUUUGACGCGGUGCCACCCACAGCUCACGUCUGCAACACCUCCUCAAUGGAUGCUUCGAUCGCAGAAUACGUGCUCUGCGCAAUCCUAGAGUGGCAGGUGGGCUGCAUGCGGGCCGACCGCGCCCUGCGGGCAGCGCGCUGCAUUGUCCCCCCCUUUGGCGCGCCAGGCCAGCGCGGGCUCGCUCCCUUUCAUGGCGAGGCAGGCGGCAAGACGCUUGGCAUUGUGGGCCUCGGCGCCAUCGGCGAGCAGGUGGCGCGCCGUGCGGCGGCGCUUGACAUGCGCGUGCUCGCCACGACAGGGAGGCCUCGCCGGGCGACGCAGCCGCUGCCGCAAGGUGUUGCAUGGCGCGGCGCGGGCGACGGGGCCGACCUAGAGCGGCUCCUGCGCGAGAGCGACUUUGUCGUGCUCUGUUGCGCUCUCACGCCCGCGACACGCGGCCUCAUCGACGAGCGCCGGUGCGGCCUAUGCGAGGAGCGGCCGCUGUACGAAGCCGUGCGAGAUCGGCGCAUCGGGGGGGCGGUGCUCGACGUGUGGUGGCAAUAUCCCAGCGUGGAGAGCGGCGAGACGUGGCCGUCUCAGUUUCCAUUCCACGAGCUGACCAAUGUGGUCAUGACGCCGCACUGUUCCGGAUGGACGGCGGAGCAAGAGGUGCGCAAGAGGGAGCAGGUCGUGAGCAACAUCGCCGCAGUCGCUUCCGGCGAGCUGCCCUUGCACUGCCUGCGGCAGGCUAUUAGAUAG